AUGCCUCCGGCGAAGUCGCGCGAGCAAGAGGUAAUCUGGUAUGCAUUCCGCGCCUUCGACGUAGACGACGAGAAAGAGGUUACGGUGGAGAAGGUUUUGCAGGCGGCCAGGCUCUUGGAAGGGAAGCUCCAAGCCAGCGAGCAAAUCGCGGAGCUCCUUUCUGUCUUACAAGCCGAGCUCCAACGUCUCCGAGUGCCGAUGAGGCGCGAACGCAUCGAGGAGGCGGAAGAUGAGGACCCGGAUGUCGAGCUGCGUGUUGAAGGAGAGGAGGAAGAGGGAGAGGCAGAGUGGGCACACAUGCCCAGCCAAGCCAGCCAAGAGAUGAACACGUCCACUCUCAAGUCCAUGUCCGCAAAUGUCAGCUUCAAGGAAUCCCACAGGAAUCAGCACAGGAGCAAGUCAAAGAAGGGCUCCUGGCUGCAGCGCAAAGGCCAAGCGAUGAUCGAGCACACCAGGCGCUGGGUCACUCGCCCACGCCUGCUGGACUAUGGGGAGCUGGUGUACUUGUGUGACACACGGCGGAAAGGCGUUGGCCCGGGCAAGAUCCUUUACCGCGCUGCGCGUAAGGAGUUCUUCAGGGUUAUGCUCAAGUACGACUUGGACUUCUAUGAGGUGGUGCACAAGGUCCCGGAGUUGGCGUGGCCUCCCGAGGAUGGGGCUGCUGCUGCGACCCCGUGGUCCUGCUACUGUGCCACGGGGGGCCUCUACUCUUCGAAGCAGCAGAAGCUGCAGGAGAAGGAGAAGGUCGACAAGAAGGAGAAGGCGGCUCGUCAGAGAGAUGACUCGAGCGAUGCCUCAAGUGAGGAGAACUGA